AUGGAAGGCAGGAGUGCGAUAAAAGGUACAUUGUACCUCCUCUUAACGGUACUCGGAAUCCCAGGUAAUCUGACCAUCAUCUCGUCCUUUGUGCACAUUGCGCAGCACGAUCGCAGACUGCACCCGGCCGAUAAAAUCGUGGGCAACCUGGCCUUGGUGAACCUCGCCGUCGUGUUGGUCAGAUGCGUCCCAGAGACCACGGCGGCCUUCGGACUCGAGCAACUCUUUGACGAUAACGGCUGCAAGAUCGUCAUAUUCAUCUACAGGACCACCAGGUCUCUGUCCAUCUGGCUGACCUUCCUGCUGAGCGGCUUUCAGGGAAUCACGCUCGCUCCGUCCACCCCCAAGUGGUCCAUCGCCAAACGCCUGGCGCCCAGAUGCCUCCCCGGUGCCCUUGCCCUCCUGUGGCUCCUCAACAUGUGCCUCAGCACCUCGGCCAUCUUGUUUUCCAUCUCCUCGGGCAAUAACUCCACCAGGAAGAAGUUCGCCGUGAACCUCGAAUACUGCUUGGUCAAGUUCCCCUCACGGGCUGUGAAGAUCGCCAUCGGAGCCCUGCAGACCUCCAGAGACGUCAUCCCCAUCGCCCUCAUGAUCCUCGCCAGCGCGUACAUAUUGCUGAUCCUCUACAAGCAUCACCAGCAAGUCAAAGGCCUUAGGAGCUCCAGCAAAGGUCAGAAGUCCUCUGCCGAGACCAGGGCGGCCAAGGCUGUGUUGACCCUCGUCACGUUGUACGUCCUCUUCUUUGGCAUUGAUAACAUCAUGUGGGUUUACACCUUGACGGUGGCUGAGACCAUGCAGACCUCGGUCACCUCAGACAUAAGGGUCUUCUUUUCCUCGCUGUACGCGUCGGUCAGCCCGAUUGUAAUCAUCGCGUCCAACAAGAAAAUCCAGAACAAGAUGAAGUGCACAAAGGCAAAGCCGGAGAUGGAAGCUUCGGAAACUGUUCCUUCCCACAAUUGA